AUUAGUGACUUUAAAAUUCGUUAUAUUGAUGAAGAUAAAGACGCCAUUGCUAUUGAUAAUGACUUUGAUUUGCAGGAAGCUAUAAAACACAAUAAAUCCCAUUCUAAGGGAAAUUCUCGCCUUGUUAUCCGCGAUGAGUCUCUGAGUAUCCACCAUCACAACGAUAAUAAUACUUUAUUAUCCAUUCCUCGCACUUCUCAUAUGUUCACAAGUUCUAGGCAAUUAAGAGGGAGUUAUCAUAAUGCAAUUUGUGAUUACUGUGACUCGGUAAUUGCGGGCGUUCGCUAUAAAUGCAUUAAUUGUCCAGAUUUUGAUUUAUGUAACAAUUGCGUUGCUCUUGCACCAACACAACAUCCGGGUCACACAUUUAUACCGAUUCAUAGAAACGGUGAGCCUGAAAUCAAAUCUUCAAAUUCUGUAUUCCACCCUGGAAUCAGAUGUGAUGCCUGUGGAAAAGCUAUUCGUGGAGUUAGGUAUAAAUGUGAUCCUAUCAGCAAACAUGAUGAAAAUCACAUUUUCAUAAAGAUCAAGAAACCUGUGCUGAAACGGCUUCGAACAAAUAGACCAUUACUACAUCAUUUGUACUUGGAAGUUGAUCAAAAAACUAGCCAUGGUAAAUACAGUAGACGAUCUUCUCAAUCAAGAAAUAUUCAAAGUGAGAUGGAGUCUGUAUCAAAGCAAACUACCACGGUUGAGUCUAAUUCUGAUGAAUCGAGUUUAAACCGGUUAAAUCCUUUAAUCAGUCCCCUUAAUGGUGAAGUGAAUCGCUUUAAUAUAUCACCUCCAACUCCUGAAAAUCUUAAGCGAGAAAAAGCCCAAACCCCUAUUGCUACAAACGCUUUGGACAUCCCUUGUUCACCUUCACCGUCCGUAACUACUAUUGCCUCUCAGGACGAAGACGAUGACAUCCCCAUGUCGUAG